AUGAUUGAAGCAUUCGUGGACGUGUUCGAGCAGAUCCCCCGUGGGCUGGUCUAUGUCGUGAUGGGAGUGAUCGUGCUCGCUAUCGCCAGGUUUGCCCAGGACUUUCUCACUCCCUAUCGGAUCCAGGAGCAGCUUAAUCAGAAAGACAAUGUCGCCCUCGCGGUGAGCAUCUCAGGAUACUACUUUGGCGUGAUCCUCGUGUUUCUCGGCGGUCUCUAUCAGCCGUUCCUGGUGGUUGCAGACAACAGUCUAGGCUUUACUGCCGAGUACUGGCAGGACGUCGGUCUGGUGUUUGUGUACUCGAUUGCCGGAAUUGUCGUGCUCAACAUAGCCCGCAUCGUGGUCGAUAAACUGGUGCUGCGUGACUUCAGCACAGAGGAAGAGAUCAUCAGAGACCAUAAUGCCGGUACUGGCGCGGUGGAGUUUGCCGUGUACGUGGCCGUUGGUCUGAUAAUCGCAGGCGCCAUAUCUGGCGACAGUGGCGGACCAGAGACUGCCGUUGCCUUCCUGGUGCUAGGCCUGGCUGCGCUGAUCCUCUAUACAUUGGUCUACGAGUGGACGACCUCUUUCAACAUCCACGAGCAGAUCGAGGCAGACAACGUUGCUGUGGGAGUCGCGCUUGCAGGUAAUCUGAUCGCGAUUGGCAUCGUCGUAUUCAAGGCGGUCUUUGGCGAGUUCGUCGGCUGGACGGAGAGCAUCGCAGGCUUUGUAACCUACGCGGUGGUUGGGUUUAUCCUGCUGUACGUCGUCAGGUUCGUCGUGGACAAGGUGCUGUUUCCGCACGUACGGCUCGCAGAUGAACUUGCGGUGGACCGGAAUCUCGGAGCGGCAUUCAUUGAGAGCGCCGCGCUGAUAAGCGUCAGCCUGAUCCUGUUCUUCGCGAUUUAG